UAGUAAUAAAACGGAAGCAAUUACUUCUUUUAAUUUAGAACAUAUGUGGAUCAAAAAGAUUUAGUUCCCAAAUAGUUUUGAAUCUUUUAGUAAAUGCUGGAUACCAGUACCGUAAGUAGAAGCGCGCUUUUUUUAGCCAGACCUCCGCCAAUCAGAUCACUAGUCUCAUUCUAGUGUUUCUACUUGUUCCGCAAGCUCUUCAUGCAGUUGAGUCUCAGCGUGCCAACGAAUAAUAUACUUUACAAACUAAAAACCACAUAGAUUCGUUUAAUUUCAUUCACUUCAGUAUUCUUUAUAAAAUAUUGGUACGAAAAGAUGUCGAGGAAUCGAGUGUAUAUAUUCUCGAAUUUAGUGCAUAGAUGGUCGAGAUCGUGGGUGAAAACGCAGCCUGAGCUUUCGACGGAAACGCACGAAAUAUUCCGAAAGGCAUUCGAGGCCGAGAUCGAGUCGCCCUUUAGACGAAGCGCGGAGUGACCAAUCGAGCGGUUCGGGUCGGUGGGGCUGUCCGGGGACGGGAAACGAGUGCUUUUAUCCACGAUACGCCGUUUUUUUUUCUUUCAACAAAAUCGUGGAACGAAACUUCAAUUGGUGUUUUGAAAAUCGUGUUCGAGAACUUCGUUCAGUGGUUAACGAAAGGUGGAAAUAUAUAAACACGAAAAAGGGCAGGGAAUCGAAGAAGAGAAACAGGAGCUUAAUGGCUCUCAGGAGAUCGGGAAUACAAGGACAGACAUUGCACUCGCGGACGGGGCGCCUCGCAAUAAACAUCGUCGCCUCUCGUUCGCUCGUCCUGCAUCCACCUCCUUUGCGUCUCUCCGUUUUCAACGAGCUCCUGCCGUCGUCGAUUCUGCUUCCGUUUCCGUGUCUGUUAUGUGUGAACGCAAAGAGAGCCGAGUGUUUAUAACUGCACGGUGCUGGUGGCGGUGACGAAGGGAAAGGGAAAGGGAGGAGGCGAAAGAGAGAAGGGGAAGAAAUUUGGAAGCGAGAUAAAGAGAAGGAUAGCUAGAAGAGAGUGUGCGUGCAAAAGCGAGAGGGAAAAGGAGAGAGAGCCAAAGGCUCGUCGGACGGAAUAUUCGAAGCGGUGCGCCAUACAUUUCCUACGGAAAGUCGUAUUUAUCGCGGGAACCUUAUUGGUGAAAUUAUUUCACGAUCGCUUCCAAUUGAAAGGAACUACUACAUACAGUCGGUUACAACAACGGUGGUCCGGCUACUUAACUAUCUAUCUACUUAACGUCGAGUAGUUGACUAGGAAUUCUGGAUAACCUGAUCGCGCAGAAAUUCGUACUGUCAACUCGUUGACAGGCGUGACAGCCUCGUCGACUGUCUCGUCCGUCCUCUGUCCUCCCUUUUUUGAUAUCCGGUGUCGGUACCAUCAUUUGAUUCCGCGAUGUUCACGGGGACAGUGAAGAUCGAAAUAUGUGAGGCAGUCGGACUAAGGGCGACGGACAAGCAACGAAAGUUUUGGCAGGAUGAACCUAUACUCGAUCCCUACGUUCAGCUGGAUGUCGACGAGAAUCAUCUUGAUCGUUCAUCGACUAAACCGAAAACGUUCGACCCGGUUUGGAACGAGUGUUUCAUCCAUGAAGUUCAGGAUGCGGUGAUGCUCGGGCUGACUGUCUUCCACGAUGCGGCAUUACCGCCGGAUUAUUUCGUCGCCAAUUGUAGUAUUCCUUUCGAGGAACUUGUCAGCAGGAAUGACAAAACUGCAGAUCUUUGGGUUGACCUUGAACCUCAAGGAAAGUUAAGGGUUAGGAUUGACCUAAAAUGGAAUGAUCAAGAUCAACAAAGAGGCUGUGGUACAGGUGAUGGAGAAGGAAUCGGAGGCAGAGGUGGUGGAAGCAUCACCACUGGGAAGGAACCCAGGAGGGAAUUCAAAGAAAGACAAGGUUUUAACCGGCGUAGGGGUGCUAUGCGACGCAAAGUUCAUCAAGCGAAUGGUCACAAGUUUAUGGCUACCUUCCUGAGGCAACCAACUUUCUGUUCUCACUGCCGUGAAUUCAUAUGGGGCUUGGGCAAGCAGGGCUAUCAGUGUCAAGUCUGCACAUGUGUAGUUCACAAAAGAUGUCACAAGUUGGUUAUCACAAAAUGUCCAGGCAUGAGAGAUGAGUCAAGUCAAGAUACAGAAAGUCCACGUUUCAGUAUAGAUAUGCCACACCGUUUUGUUGUUCACAACUACAAGAGAUUUACGUUUUGUGACCACUGUGGCUCACUGUUGUAUGGUUUAUUUAGACAAGGUUUACAGUGUGAAGCUUGUAAUAUAAAUGUUCACAAGAGGUGCCAGAAAAAUGUAGCAAAUAAUUGUGGCAUUAACACUAAGGCUAUGGCUGAGAUUUUAAGUACAAUGAAUAUAUCACCAGACAAACAGAUAAAAACUCCAAAGAUUAAUUAUAGAACAACAACUUGUCAGUCUGGUCAAACACCCACAACAGUAACAGUCACAGACACAUUACCAACGGAUAAUUCACAGACAAUUCAAAAAACGGAAGAAACAUCUGUUAUCGCUACUGAAAAUGCAGUACCUGCUAGUGAGAAUGAAGUUAGGAAAUUUGGUAUCGAGGACUUUAAUUUCAUAAAAGUUCUUGGUAAAGGUAGUUUCGGGAAGGUGAUGCUGGUAGAACGAAAAACUAAUCCCGAUGAAGUUUACGCUGUAAAAAUUUUAAGAAAAGAUGUGAUUAUACAAGACGACGAUGUAGAUUGCACAAUGACGGAAAAGAGGAUUUUAACACUGGCAGCGAGACAUCCUUUCCUUACAGCUAUUCACAGUUGUUUUCAAACAAAUGACCGAUUAUUUUUUGUUAUGGAAUAUGUGAAUGGAGGUGAUUUAAUGUUCCAUAUUCAAAGGGCUCGAAAAUUUGACGAAGCAAGAGCACGCUUCUAUGCGGCAGAAGUUACGCUUGCAUUACAGUUUCUUCACAAGCAUCAUAUUAUUUAUCGAGAUCUCAAGUUAGACAAUAUAAUACUCGACCAAGAAGGUCAUUGUAAAUUAGCAGAUUUUGGAAUGUGCAAGGAGGGUAUUAUCGAAGGGAAGACUGUUACAACAACAUUUUGUGGCACACCCGAUUAUAUCGCACCUGAAAUUCUUCAAGAAUUGCAUUAUGGUGCUAGCGUUGACUGGUGGGCACUUGGUGUUUUAAUGUAUGAAAUGAUGGCUGGUCAACCGCCUUUUGAAGCAGAUAAUGAAGAUGAUUUAUUCGAAUCAAUUCUACGAGACGAUGUGCUUUACCCUAUCUGGAUCUCAAAAGAGGCAGUUUCUAUUUUAAAAGGAUUUAUGACAAAAAAUCCAGCUAAGAGAUUAGGUUGUGUGGCUGCUAAUGGUGGUGAGAACGCUAUAAAGGUUCAUCCAUUUUUCCAAGAAAUAGAUUGGGAAGCACUCGAAGCGCGUAAAGUGAAACCACCAAUUAGGCCAAAAACUAAAAGCAAAAAGGACGUAAUGAACUUCGAUACGGAGUUUACAAAAGAAGAUCCAGUGUUGACGCCAGAAGAUCCGGACGAAGUGAGCUAUAUAAACCAAGAAGAAUUCCAAGGUUUCUCCUUCAUCAACAAAGACUUCAACCCUGCUAGGUUUGGGGCACAAUAAGAAGUAAGAACGCAAGCAAAUGAAGAGGGUUCAAUGUUAAUAUCAUCUUAAACGCUUCUUGCUUGGAAAAUUGGCGAGCAUGCCAAUCUGCAAAGCUGAACAUCGGCGUUUUGAAGCUGCUCGGGGUCUCCUUUGUAUUUUAUCUCCACCGGGGAUAAUUUUACGUAUCAUCGGAAGCAACGUUCAAGCUGUACAAAAAGGUGGUGGAGAUCAGCAGGAAUUUGAGAAAUCAGCUAGAAACUUCGGUCUGUUUCACGUACAAAAAAAAGUGGUAAUUUUCGCAGAGAAUUUGAUUGAUAAAAAGGAAGCGUGGCCUCAUUUCGACAAAAAAGAAAUGCGUUUGGAUCCAAGUCUCUUAAAGUUUGACAAAAUUCUUGAUUUCCUUUGUUUUCUUGAAACAAAGACAAAUGUGAUUGAGAGGAAACGUCAGUAAGAGAUUUCAUUUGUAACAUUGAUAAGCAGAAAGAUCACGUGCUUUGGAAAUUAAGUAUCGGUUAAGAAACUUAGUACAAAAAAUACAAAGCAGAAAGAGAAAGUCAUUUUUGAUGGCAUGAUGAUAAAGGUCGCUGGGCGAUCUAUCAUUUUUCUGUUGAUAUUGAUGUUCUCGAGAAAGAUUCGAAUCAAAUACCGAAUUUUUCAGUAACCUCUUAACCGUAUAUUUCGUUUCCUCUUAGAGUUUCUUUCGUAGAUUGUCUCUCUGGAACUACAAAGUUUUCCAUCAAUGACAAAAAAAAGUACUCGCGCAGGAAAAACCACGAGUCUGCAGGAUAAGAAACUCAUCGACAUGUCAAUUUUGCAUUGGAAUUCAGUUCCAUUAAGGUAUACAAAAUUUUACCCGAUUUACAGACUUCUAGUUAACCAUAUAUAAAGACUUGGCACUUAUUACGCAUUUUUUUUAGCGCUUACGUACUUACGGACUUAAUUUUCAUUGCAAUUCACGAGAAUUAUUUUUUACUACGACAGGAAUACCGACAAAAACAGGACGAUCGAAUUAUUGUGAUUAUUGCUUAGUAAGUCGAGUUUUUAGGUCUUAGCGUAGUGUAUCAAAUCACUAGUGAUCAAGACUGAAACAGAAGCUGGGUUUAACUUUUAGGUAAGCAACAGCUGCAGGCGUAAUUAUAGUCGUCAAGUCUAUAAAAAUCUGUGCAUACAUAAUAGCAUCAUAUAAAGUAACUACAUAGAGAAUCGAGAAGUUAUGUUCCGGUUCGAAUCGAGAUCUCGUGUCUUCGAACGGUCUAAACUUUUCGUCGAGCUUUACCCAGAGGAGCAUCUCGCAGCGCUUCUCCGAUAGGAUUUAAAUAAUAAACAAAAUAAUAAAAUAAUCAUAAAACACUAAAAGAAAUCAUGCUCGCGUGGUGAAGAUCGAGCAGGAUACGAUCUGACCAGGUGGACAUGCCAGUUUCAUACUUAACAUAGAAUUUUAAACGAUCACAGACGGAUUCCACUGGUGGUUGUUCCGUCAAAGCUAACACAAAAUGAUAUAUACGUAUAUGUACACGUAUAAAUUUAACUUAUUUUAACAUACGCCUAAAAUUGUAAUGAACAAAAAAGGUCUCGCUAUCAGGAACACCGAAGAAUAUAUAAAAGCGAUGGUCUCUGGUGAAAUUCUCUGGUGUUGCUGUGUGUGUCGAGUCUUUCACAAAGUGUUAUAGACAGAGCAUAUAUACAUACAUAUGUAUAUGCUUUGUAAAGUUACCGCUAAGCGAAUUAAGAAAAUUGUAAGGAAGUCCACCUAGCGAUGUCGAUGCACUUUCCGGAAUCUUCGUACGUGUUGUCUCUAGUUAGGUGUCUUUAAAAGCUUGAAGCAACAACUCGUGUACUUAAAUUAGCAAAAGCUGCAAGCUCCUUAGUGUUAAGUGAUGAAAUAGUCGAGAGCCUUAUCCGUACCAUAAGAACGCUGAAAUGCGUAAAAAAAAAAAGAAAGGAAAGAAAGAAACCAGUGAAUGUUAUAUCGAGUUAAGUAUCGUUGUCGGUCCUAACGGCUAAUAAGGAUAAAUUAAUUCGAGAUACAUAGAUGAGAGACAAAUUUCUCGUGUUUUAACAAGUGAACAGAAAAUACUCUAAUAUUUGGGGCACGUAGUCCACCGUUUUGUGCCGUCGAGUUUAUACCAAAGAUAUCGUUCAGAUUUUCCGUAGAAACCUCGCAGAACGAAUUAACGAGGGUAAGAUCGCGAAUGAAUCAAUUUCAUAUCGAUCCGACUUCAAUCUUUGGUGUAAACUUCAAUCGUCGUUGAUAGUUUUAAUGAGAAAAGUUUAAUUGAUAAAUAGUAACGAUAGACCGUAACAAUUAGUCGAUAAUAUGUUUUAGUGAUUAUAAAUUCAGAAAAAAGGACAACUGCGGUGAAAUCGUGCAGUAGUGCAGAGCAAAACUAAAAAAAAAGAAAAACAGAAAAAAAUAUUUUAGCGUACAGUCUACCAAUGAGCCACUGGACGACAAACACUCAGUCCCCAGAUUGUAUUCGAAUGGCUUAUUGGCAUGACCAGAAACGCGUUACUCAGUGUCGUGAUCAUUGUCGUCGUGUCAUACUCGUACAUUUUUAUGGACUCCGUAGAUAUUUAGGUUCAUUUAAAAACAAAAAAUGUCAAAUAAAAAAAAUUCAUUGGUAGAGUACCUUUAAAUCACGUGCUGCCCUCUACGUCCUUCGAUUUUGUACAGAACUCGAAGUUCGAGAGCCGCGGCACCGACACAAUCGAAUUGUGAAGAAAAUGAUGUUCUAAGUUACGGCACGUGUCGUGUACUCAUCGCACGAUCUUAGAAAGUAAUGAUGUACGAGAUGAAUAUUACCAUUUCAAGGAGAAAUCACUUAUCGUAAGAUAUAUAUACGUACGACGUCGCUUUUAUGAAAGCAACGUUGUACUCGCAGCCAUUGACACGAAAUAAUGAUCGUUCGCAUGUAAAUGUAGCUGAUCGUAUCUUUUUACAGCUUUUGCUUGCAUAGCAAUAAUUAUUGACCAGUGAAUAUAGUAUCCUAUUGAUGUAUCGACCGAUGAAUCGAUAAUGUUCUCCGUGUACUAAAUUCAGAGUGCUAUAUCCUUGUCGUUGGCAAACUGUCAUAAAAAUUAAAUUUAUUAUUUAUUAUACAUAAUAUCAAUUUCUUAGAAUUUAAUUCUUAGUUUUUAAAGAUGUAUUAAAUUUCAUAAAUGAUCCAAUAGAAAUUUCUAUUGUUUCUAAGAAAGGGAACUGUGUUUAAGAUAACUUAAAAAAUACUGUCCGAUUGACAAGGAUCUGUACUUGAUUCAUCUGCGUUCGUGCUCUUAUCGUAAAUCUAGUCAGAAUGAGAAUACCGAGAAAAGGUGUCUGGCUCGAUGUAUCGAGCUACGGAAAAGGAUAUGUUUAAAUUCAAAAGAGACGAGUUAGUCCGGCCUACGCUUAAAAAAAGACGGUUUCGUGCGUUAUUCGAACAAAAAAUUACUGCUAUACCAUGUACCUAUUGUUACGUGUAGAGUUACCACGUAACAAAUAUCCGUACGUCUAAAAAAGAAAACAAAAAAAAAAAAGAAAGAAAACAAACACUGUAUCGUCUAGGCGUAGUAAAGCGAGUUUCUUUUUAGUCUUAUAUCCGGUACAUUAGAAAGAAGAUUUUCAGCACUCCGCGUCGUAUUAUCGAUAGUCAUAUCGCGAUAUAUCUCUUUCGGUUGUAUAUAUCGUUUUUGUCAGAACGAUAGAUUCUCGAUGGUCGUUGAAAAUGGCGCGAAUCAGACGAGAGAAUGCAACGAUUGCCGUCCUAAACACAUCGAUACGUCGAGCGGGGUUAAUCGAUUAUCCAAAGGUUUCUUUCGACUUUAGUUGUAUAGAAAGUAAGCCAUUGGUGAUUUAUAAGUACGUUACAAUCGUACACCGGUGUACAAUUACACCGUACCAUAAAAUGUUACGAAUUCUGAUCCGUCGAGAUUUAAAUGAAAAAGUAAUAUUCAUUGAAAGACUUAUCGAAUAAUCAAAGUUGAAACCUCAUUCAUUGUGUGGGAAGAAAGAAUAUGUUUGAAAGAAAAAUCAAAUUAUCGAAACGUACUGUUCAUACUGUUGUUAUUGUUGCAACGAUCAUCGAGCUGACAAAGAUGUAAUCUCUCUUUUUUUUUUAAGUUAAACAUUGUAUGUUUUUUUUUUUGUUAAAGAGAGCGUGUGGCGUUUCAUUUAUUCUAAUGUUACAUCGUUUUGCAGUAUUUAUGUUUUUCAAUAUUAUACAAGUAUUCUUGAGAUAUCGUACGCGGCCAGGCCACGUUAAUAGUUGAAUGUUAAGGUUGCUAGCUAAUUAGCGAAAAGUAAAUAUAUAUAUUUUUUUAGUUUCUCGUUAAGUACAUCAACUUUUUCAGACAUUUUUUUAUCGGAAUCUUUCGUCCUUAGGUUUUAUCUUUUUUUUUGUAUCUACAGCGAUCGAAUCGGAAUAACUUUUUUUCUACUUCAUUUCUACACUUUAUAUGGUCCUCGUUUUAGUGCGCAUGCGUAAGCUUUUCUAAUGAUUGUGCUUCGCAAGAUCUAGCUUAUAUCGUAUAACGAAUUGUUUAUAUUUUUUAUCGUCAUGUAACAGAGGAGAGAAAAAGCCAGAGUAUCUUUACGUGUGUGUAAAUUACAGAGUUUAACGAUUCACGUUGCGCAAUUUAACGGGUAUGUAACUAUUAAGAUUAUAAUUUCCGUUGUAUAUAUAUUUCUUUCGAUUAUCGAAGAGAACUAUCGUCAUCGAUUCCAUGGCGUAUAAGCAAUGUAUUUUAAAAUCGGCAGGGGCUAACAAAACAAAGAAAGGGGAAUGAAAUAAGCAAAAAUCAGAGUACAUAAAAGGACAAAAAAAAAAAAACAAAGAAAGAAUAUAAUGAUAAAUAUUUAUAAGUAUGUACAUACUUAUAUAUAUAUAGUAAAAAAUUUACAGUAGCAUGUUAGAAAUAAAUCUGUGGCAGACGAUAGUACUCUUGUCAGGCGCCGACACUCUAACCUAACUCCAUAAACAAUUUUUGCCGUGAGAUUUUUAUAAUCGCUAGUCAAUCGUAUUAAAAUAGGGAAAAAGGGAUAUUGGGGGGAGAACAAAAAGAAUAAGUUAUGCGUUAUCGAUGAAACGUUCCAUUCGCUUCGUUUUAAUACUGUAUGCGUGCGCACGUGUACACCGGAUGUCACGUGCCGUAUAUUCGUUAAAAAAACGAGGAAAGACGUUAAUUUAUCGAUGUAUACGCGAGAUUAUAAGCCAACAGGAGGUAAAACCGCGUAUUUUUUUGACGUGUCAAGUUAACAUACGUAAAGAGUGAAUGAAGUGAUAUAUACAUAUAUAUAUAUAAAUUAUAAAUAUAUAUAUAUUAUAUGUUGCAUAAAUUAAGAUGAUAAAAGAAAACUAAAAUAUUGUUGCAAUAUAGGGAGCUAAAUAGGGUCACACGUGACUAUCAACCGUGGUACCCCUUUCCUUUUUAGGAUAUAAUUUACAGAAAUUAUAUAUAUAUAUAUAUAUAUAUAUAAUUAUAUAUAUAAAGACAUACAUGCCCGCACAUAUGUAUAUAUAUGUAUAUAUAUGUGUGUGUAUAUAUAUACGAACAAAAAAAGAAUGGAAAUGUAUAUAUUUAUAAAUAUAUAUACGUACUACAUAAAUAGGGAGUAUCAUAUUAGGAAUACGUCAUAUUCUUUAUGUUCCUUCAGACCUAUGUUAAAAUCCGUCAUUUUUCUUUCUGUUUCAACGAUCUUGGUUUGCUUUUCUGUUCAUGGGAACGCGGGGUGGUUGCUGCAACGAUGACGACCUUUUAGAAAUCACGGAAGAAAAACAAAAAAGAAAAUAAAAAAAAGGGACCAACGUCGCUGAAAACGAACGAACAUCGUGGAUUUUAUCCUGGGUCUGAAAGAUAUCGGGAAUGCCAUACAAAAAUGAACAAAACGAAUAAAAAAAAAAUGAAAGAAAGCAUCUGCAAAAAAAAAGAUGAUACCAAGAUCAUAAACUCUGUAAUGUCGUAAACUAAAUAUUGUUUGUGCACAGUGUUGGGUAAAGAUAUUCUAAAAAUGGAAUGACAGCAAGAUGCUUCGUGAAAGCCUUUUGAAACUCGCGAUCAAUCACCGGCUCCUCUUUCGUGUGUGUUAAGCAAUCGUCAUAUCUGAUAUAACUUUGUAAUAAUAGUACUAUUAUUAAUAAUAGAGCUGUAAAAUCGUGUGAACAUAACUCUAGGUACGGGACAGAAUAGAAAUUACGUCGGAAAUGCAAACGAAACGGAUUCUCUGAUUGUACCAAGGGACAGCCGGUAACAGCUGUUAUUCGAGUAAAUCGUGAACGAUUAGCGCUUCGAUCGAAUUCUCAACGCCUCACAAAACUUUACUUUCUACGUGUACAUAAAUGUAAGCGUGGAACUACGUACUCACGUAACAUCACAUAUUUGGGAAUGUAAUAUUCUUAAAUUUGACCAAAGGUGUAGGCAUUUCAGUUCACGCAAAGCAAAAUGAAAAUGAGAGAUGGUCUAUGCGUUUGAAUUACUUAACACUGUUUCAUCGAACACACGAGGAACAUAUUCAACAGUGUGAAGGCCCGUUUUUAGAUAAAUUCGUUAACCCCCGGUGGUACAAAAGGUCCGCUUUCACAAACGAACGAGCAAUCAGCCGAAGGCUGGAGAUAAAUUUGCUUCCUCAAAAGAUACAUACAUAAUCGAGAGAGUUUUAUCCUCUGACGAAAGUAGCCGUCCGUAUGAUUGGAAAGCAAAAAAGGAAAAAGUGAAAAAGAGGAAGAAACGAGCGAAGGCAGGAUCGAGAAUUUCGAUGCGUGAAGGAGUAGCAAUCGCUGUGUUACAAUUGUAUUAAAACAAAUGUGUCGUUGAAUUUUCAUAGUGAGCGUACCUACAUAUAUGUAUAUGUUGACCGUAUCAUUGUCGUUACCGAUCGUAGAAUUUAUGAAAGCUCUCUGAGUGUGUCCUUUCGUUACCUGAAUCGCUAUCCUUCCUUUUCACACGACUUUCAUACAUCGCGCCGACCAUCAAAACUCUCUCUCUCUCUCUCUUUCCCCAGUUUUCGAUAUUUACAAUCAAAAACUCUUCUUUUUUACUUCUCUUUUCAUUUUUGAAAUAUUUUGCUCACUUUUUUUCAGAAUAUAUUGUAUGUCAUUGUAAAGCUAAGCGUUCGUGCGUGCGUGCGAUAUGUACAUAAAUGUAACGAUACACAUGCGCAUACAUUAUAGUGAGACGAAUUGUAUUCGUGCACAAUGAUGCAUUGUACAUGUGACACUGUGCGAAAAGAAGCGAUUUUUUUUUUUAGAGAAUUUAUCGUUAAACAUUUUCUGUUGUUUGACUCUUGUAAAGGUAGAUUUACUUUCUAGCGAGAGAUAGAUUUUUCUAUGAAAUAACUAUUAAGUUUGAAUCUUCUGUAGGUAGAAGGAAAAAAGAUACGGAUGCAAAAGAUGCAUUGCUUCUUUUUGUACAGUGUUUUACAUGAGCUAAUGUGUGUUUCGUUGAAACUGGAAGAGCGACACUAUUUUCCUUCCGACUCGAAUUGAAUCUUGUAUUUUACUUUAUUCCCGAUUCGCGCACAAAUGCAAGAAAUGAUGCGUUAGAUCGACCAACGCCCAAUGUGAUGCACACAAGCUGUUUAAACGUACAAUUAGGGAACAAACAUUUAUUUUUUUAUAUGUACCCCAGCUGGUCGUUCGUCGGACAUUUUACGCGCGUGAUUGAGGAUUGAACGCCUCGUAUAGGUCAAACAUUAUUUCGCGUGUCGUAUCUCCUCGCACAAAAAGAAAUUUAUAUAUCAGCGUCUGUAAGUUUUCCUGUUAGAGUCUAUAGAAUUCCGGAAUGUACACAAAUUCAAUCCCAAGAAGUUACGUUUUACAAUAAUGUUAUUAAGAAUAGAAAGUCUAAUUAAUACGUUGCAAUUAACACCUUGUGAACUAACAACACACGUUGCUCUUGUUAUUACAAAUAUUAUCGACCAUUAUUAUCCAACCAUUGUACCAUUUAUCAUUACAAAGUAAUAUUGAUUUUUACCAUAAAGAGAAAUAUCAUUUAAGGAAUUAGAAUCGUUUAAAAAAGAACAGCAAAAAUGAACGCGUGAUAGUGCACAAAGUGUUAAGCGUUUUGAUUGUCAGCAUCGAUGCUUCAGAGCGAGAAAUCAUUGUUAUUUUGAUUAGAACCGCAAUCGAUCUAUCUAAUCGAAAUAUACGAACACGAAAAAAAUGAAAACAAAAGAAGGUAAGAAAACGCCAAGUCUCCGAGACGUUGACGACUCAUCGAGAAUCGAAGUUUUACACGUCCAGUCGCAGUUUCUUUCUAAUGAGAUUUAUUGCGUUGUUGACCGUGCUAAUUCUAUCUGACUUAAGCCUAUUUCCAUGUUGAAGACACACCAGUGAUUGUUGCCGAGCUGAAAAGUCCGAAAUCUAAUUUAUAAAUGUGAUAGAAAAAGCGUGCGAGCAGGGAAUUCGCGAAAUCGGCUUUGGAAACAGUUCUCUGAUCAAAUUAUAAAUUAAUUUCAUCCAGAAUUAUGUAUCGUCUUUAUGAGUUGCAAAGUGGAUUGAGAUUUAUGAAUCUUUUUAUCUUUUGAUAAAUAACUUUUUUACGCGUAUAUUGAGAAUUGUUCUUCCUUAUCGAUAGAGCAUCUUACAUAUCCGCUUUGUAAUUACAUAUAAAAUUCAUUGUACAAAUAUUUGUUACUCGUUUUAUGGUUGUCUGUUCGUCGACAAGUUUCUUAAACUGAUCGUUCAUCGAUCGUUUGAACAUACGAUACAGAAGAGUCGAAUAGCUGAACCGAGAAAUACUUGGCAAGCAUACAUCCUGCUGUUUAAAAGCUCGUAAAAAGGAAGUUCCCUGCUCAUGCGCGGACAAAGCUGUAUUAGCGAUCGUUAUAAAUGAGCAUUAUUUAUUUCUCGAUUGUAUUUAUAUAUCGUUAAUCGUAGUGAGUCUUAAUAGUGAUUUACGGAAGUGUUAUUAUCUGGUGCUGAAUAUUAAUAUAUAUCUGUCGAUGUAUUGGUGACUCGAAUCGAGGUAUCGUUAAGGUAUUACGAUCGAAACAAGGAGGAAUUAGAAUAUUUGCAUUAGCUGUUAAGUAAAUAAUUUUUGAAAAAUAAUUUUACUUAACUCGGUAAUACAACGAUUUCACUAUAUGAGUUACUUGUUACUCGUUGCUUAGGGAGUGGUAAUUUAGUGUGCAAAAAUUGCUACUACCGAUUAGCGUAAUCAAGUUAGCUCGAUUUCGACCGUAUUACCGUGGUAAUUAAAGAUAUUUCAUUUAUUGAUCGAUUAUCUUUUCGAUAUUACAAACGAUUCUCACGGUUCGCUGUAUAAAAGAAAGAAAGAAAGAAAGAAGGAAACUCAGUAUAGUCGCUACUGUAAGAAUUCUCCUUGUUUGUAUAACGAUACUUAACAUCUUCGAUCGAUUCUUGAUUCGAUCUAGAAAUACAUCGGGCGUUAUACGCGAUUAUUACUCCGUAGCUGAUGAUUCGUUAUGUGCGUAUUAUAAAUUCGAACGAUUGUGAAUGUAUUUUACUUGCGUUUGCACGAGUCCUGCGCUAUUUCCCUCGAUUUUAGUUUUCUUUUCUAUUUCUUUACCGAAGCAUUCCCAAGACGAAUCUCGUAAGCACUUCUUCGUAGAAGUAGUAGAAAACACAUUUACCGACCGGCAUUUAAAAUACGCGUAUUCCGAUAUAUUAAAAUAUUUCGACGGGAUAUUUUAAUAUACAUCGAGGGGUGUUUAAAGUGGAUACACUUAUAAACGAUGAAAUAUUGCAGAAACACACACACGUACAAUAUAUAUGCAUGCAAAAAAAUUGAACGCAAUGAAGAAAGUGUGUGUUGUUGAAAUUAAUUGAGUUGUUAAUUUCGUGCAAAUGAGUCGGAAAUACAUUACCAGUCUCGUUGAAAAAGAUCUGCUUCUCAUCCUAAAAUGGGAACGAGAACGCGUGACGAGAGGGCAACGUUGUAUGAAAAAACGCUUUCGGUGUUUUGUGACAAACAGUGAGUCCUAUAUGAGGCUAUAUAGUAUAAUAAGCAAAAACCCUUUGCACUCGAUGUUUCUUUCGAUGUAUGUUACGUAAUCAAAUCGGAUUAUUGAAAUAUAAAAAGUAAUUUUGAAACGAUAUCGAUCGAAUGUUUAUUUUUUAAUAGUUUCUACAAUACGACUGGUUAAGUCUGUAAUAAAUGGAGGAUACGUUAUUAGGAAUUAAAUUUAUUAUGGUUUACGGCAUAACCUGUUCUUUGUUAAAUCGUUUUAUUUUAUUUGGUUAAUUUUUUCGUUCUUCUUAUGUAUUAUAUUCGUGAAAAGUAUGGUAUAGUAAUGAAGGAAUUUCUCAAGUUCUAACCGUACACACAUACUUGAUCAUUGCGAUUAUACUCGAGGUCGAUGCCAAACAGAUACUGUUCUAACAAAAUCGAUUAUCAUGAACUCGCAACUACUCAAAGUAUAGCCUUCGGUCCUUGGCAGUGACCGGAAAUAUUUCGUGGCCUCGACCAAUAUUUCCAGAAAUACCGAUUCAAGGUCUUGCUGUGAAAAAGCGACGCUGAACUAUCAGAAUUACGUCAUAUAUAAGGUGACAUUGAAAUAAGUAGUCCCAUCUAGCGUAUACUUCUCUUUUUAAACCUAAAGAAAUGAAAUGAAACUUACAUAAUAAUUUCUUUCAUUCACUAGAUCUUAUAAUGAACAAUUUACUUUGAGCUUAACAACUUCUGGACUUUCAUACUUUCCAUACAAUUGAUUAAUCACGAUCGAUAUAAAAGAAUAUCCAUAAUUUUUUUCUAACCUAUACACUUCGAGGUCGAUACGCUUUAAGUUUUAAGAUCGACUAACAAAUCCAUAACUUAUUACGUAACGUGUUUAAAACAGUUCCUUUUUUGUGAUCGAGUGGAAAGGGUUAACAACUGUGUAAAACAAAAAGUACCUCUAUUUUUCUUUUUCGUUGUAAAGUAUUUUCAAGUAUCAUAACACCUGUUUGAUAUUGCGAGCACCCGAUGAAACGUAUCCAAGUUAUUCUGCCAAGUCUAUCUCGUAUUUGUUGAGAAACUAUGCAGGUAAGAGAAUCUUUGUUUUUGACGCGAAGAAAGUAUUUUUACGAUAUAGUUGGGAGAACUAGGAAACCGAAUGCAAUUCAAAAGAUUGCGUAUUAUGAAUACUGUUGCGUGCACGUGUCGAAUAUUAGUUUGAAGGAGUGAAUGAACGAUUUACGAGGCAAAAAGAGACAAAAGAAAAAAUGGAAGAAAUAAGAGUUGCACAUCCUGUUGAUUAUGUAUUUUUUAAAGUUAGCAUUGAGACAUGCCUAUAUUCCUAUGGAAUCGAUGAAUAACGCUAUAAUUUUAAUGACAAAAAUGGAGUAAAAUAAAAUAUUAAAUAAAAACUAAAUCGAUCAGGAAAAGAUCUUUUAUUUAAUCAAAAUUAAAUAAUUUCAUUUUUGUCAUUAUAAUUUAGUCCAUACAAUAGCGAAAAUUUUCCUUCUCCUUUUUCUAAAAAUUUCUGUUUAAAUAAUGCAUAUUUUCAUUCAUAAUAUUCGUGGAGUGUUUCUUAAUUUCAUUACAGGUGCCAAAAAAAUAUUACAGGAAAAAUAGAACUGCAUAAAUAAUAGUAAAAGAAAAAAUACAGAAAAACUGAUAUAAUUCUUAUAUGCUACAACAUUGAUUUUAUCUUGGCCAAAAUGCAUCCAUUUUGAUAUCGUAUUUUUGUAAAUAAUGAUUUAAUAUCAUUCUCUAUUGAACAGGCAUAUUAUUACUUAUUGCCCAAAAUUUUAAUGAAACAAUUUACACACAGAUACGUAUUGUAAAUUAUUGAAACUUCGAUUUUGAUCCAUUAUGGCAAAGAUAAAAAUAAGAUGUAAGCGCAAAAGUUCAAAUGAUCUUAAGGCCACUUUUACACAUGUCUAUAGAAGUGCGUCUUUUAAAGACAAAUUUUUUGACAGCUCCAUCUGCCAUACUUUGUUGAAACAUGCGUCCAUUCCAGUUCCAGUCUAAAGAGAGUUAACGUAUUAUUUCCGUCAAUGUUGCAGCACAUUUAACGCGUUUAGAAACGUGGGAAGAAGGUCUCAAAAGGGGAAAAAAGUAAUUUUGAUGGGUACAAACUGAAUGACCGAAAAUGGUGCGUGCAAACAUAAGAACGUUAUUAAAUGUAAGGAUUUAUGUUUAUCACUUUCUUCCUUUCCAUUUGUCCUAAUUUUUAUUUUUGAAAGCUAUUUAAUUUGUCAUAAUUUAUAAUAAUUAUUAUAAUUUGUCAUAUCUGAGAAAAAAACACAUUUAUGUAUGAACGAUUGCCUUUGUGCUUGCUGUGUUUGCCUCGUCAUAAUCAUAAAUCAAAUACGUUUAAAUGAUCGAAUGCAAAUAUAUGUCUAUAUAUUAACGGAGAGUUUAUCGGUUGCAAAUACAUGGGCAAUCGUGAACCGAAGCAAAUACUGUUACUUGUCUGAUUAUUGUAUACAAAAUAAAUAAAAAAUGUACAUAUACAUCAGAAA